AUGAAUGGCUUCUCAGCGCACGGCCUCGACGAGGAUGCGUUCAGCGAAAAGUCCGGGCUGCAGGGCGGCCUGAAGACCUUUGAUGCUUUCCCCAAAACCAAAUCCUCCUACACAGCCCCCUCCACCCGCGGCGGACAAUGGACCGUCCUGGUCCUCCUAAUCUGCACCGCCUUCACCUUCACCGAAUUCCGUACCUGGCUGCACGGCACCGAGAACCACCAAUUCAGCGUCGAAAAGGGCGUCGGGCACGACCUGCAAAUGAACCUGGACAUGGUUGUGCACAUGCCAUGCGAGACCCUGCACGUCAACAUCCAAGACGCCUCGGGCGACCGCAUCCUUGCCGGCGAGCUGCUGCAGCUCGAACGCACCAGCUGGCAGCUGUGGAUGGACAAGCGCAACGGCGAGAAAUACGGCGGCGCGCACGAGUACCAGACACUCAGUCGGGAGGACACCGAUCGCGUCGCCCAGCAGGAGGCCGACGCCCACGUGCACCAUGUGCUGGGCGAGGUGCGCCGGAAUCCGCGAAGGAAGUUCGCCAAGGGCCCCAAGUUGAGGAGACGGGAUGCGGUCGACUCGUGUCGCAUUUAUGGCAGUCUCGAGGGGAAUAAAGUCCAGGGAGACUUUCAUAUUACGGCCAAGGGUCAUGGAUAUGGCAUGUUCGGACAGCAUUUGGAUCAUGAGGCCUUCAACUUCACCCACAUGGUCACAGAACUCUCCUUCGGCCCGCACUACCCCACACUCCUCAACCCCCUCGACAAAACCAUCGCGACCACCGAAUCCCACUACUACAAAUACCAGUACUUCCUCUCCGUGGUGCCGACCAUCUACUCGAAAGGCGCCAGCGCGCUCGACGCCUACACCUCCGCGCCUUCCUCUCUCGCGCCCUCCCAAUUCUCCAACACCAACAAGAACCUCGUCUUCACCAACCAGUACGCCGCCACCAGCCAGGGCGGCAAUCUCCCCGAGAGCCCGUUCUUCGUGCCCGGCAUCUUCUUCAAGUACAAUAUCGAGCCGAUCCUGCUUCUGGUCAGCGAGGAGAGGAGUAGUUUCCUCUCGUUGCUGAUUCGCCUCGUGAAUACCGUUUCGGGGGUCAUGGUCACGGGCGGCUGGGUGUAUCAGAUUUCGGGGUGGUUGGGCGCGUUGCUCUUGAAGAGGAAGGGGAGGGGGAAGUCUGAGGGUGUGUUGACGGGGAAGCAUGAUGAUUAG